UCCAGCAGCUCCACUUCCUGCUACACCUGUUUGUCAGGUAACCAGCCCGAAGUCCGCGGAGUCAGCUGAGAAACUGAGUUACGACAUAUUAAAGACUAUGGACGGAAUUUUACUGGAGCUUUGACGCAACUUGGACUUUUUUUUAAACUUCGGUUUGUUUCCAUCGCCGUGUCCUCAUAUUAAAAUGCGUCGCGGGAUCAUCGCUCUGAUCGUGGUUUUGCUGGCCCCUUCCCUAGUCUCCUCCAUCACAGUCAGUUCUCCGGCUGAAAUCCAUGCAUCUAAAGGCGACAUCGUCACAUUGUCCUGCACUUUCACGUCCACCAGCAGGCCGACCAGUAAGAUGACCGUCGACUGGUCCUACAGGCCCCAGACUGGAGGCCCACCACAGACAUUUUUCCACUUCUCCUCACGGGCGUUCCCCCCAAAUGACGGUCAGUUCACCGGUCGUAUCCGGUGGCAGGGAAGCCCGGCGCGUGGGGAGGCCUCCAUCUCGCUCAUCAACGCCACGCUGAAUGAUAACGGGACCUACACGUGUUCGGUCAGAAACCCUCCCGACGUCCACGGGUCCCCGACUUCACACACUGUCCUCACCGUCACUCCAAAGCCCCCCAGCAUUCGCUUCUCCGACAUUGCCGUCCUCCUCGCCUUUGUCCUCAUCCCCUCCGGCGUCAUCACCUUCAUCCUGAUUGGACGGAUGUUCUGUCCCAAGAGAGAGCACAACCAAUCCAAGGCCUACAGGUCGCCCAUAGAGGUCACAGAAGGGGAGGAAUACGGCAUCCACCCACCAGAGGCCAAAGUAAAGAGGGCCACAUGCUGUGACCUAUAUUUGAUGGACUCAGAUGAUGAAGAGGAGUAUUACAACCUAAAAAAGAGGCCUCCCACGGACGAAGGCUACGCUGAGUCUCAGUGUUAGACAGCCACCUGCCCCCUGGUGGUUGGGAGGUGCGACUGCAUCACGUCGGACCCUGACUCCUUUUACAAAAAUGGGAGGUACUGAAUGUACUGGAUUCUCGUCUUCUGUGCCACAGUCAACCACUCACCUUAGUCACUCUGGUGAUGGAGUUUACUCUCUGUGGUGACACCUUUGUAUUUUUGAUAUUCACACCUCAAAAUGUCAAUAAUCUGAUUUACCUUUUUGUCUACGAGCUCCUACAUUUCUCACGGCUUCUCAAGAGUUUGCUGCUUUUAAGAGAAGUAUUCAUUCCUGAAUUUGAGAGCUUGUUUGAUUGACACAAACACACAGAUAAAAGCAGUAAAUAUAUAUAUAUAUAUGUAUUUUUUAUAUACUGAUGAUUUGUAUGUUUCAUUCUUUCUCAUUAUGAAGGAGAUAGAUAUAUUUUGUCUAAUUUAUUGCCUGUGUCAGAGCGGCUGUAUGAAAUCUGUCUUUGUGUCUUUAGUGGAAUAUUUCUGUUAUAUCUUUAAUAUUUGGAGAGAAAAUAAAUGGUUUGAUUUGGAAAAAUUAGUUGUGACCAUUUGCUGCUGUUUACACAUAACACUGUAUAUGCAGUGUAUUUGAAAUAUUGUACCAUGUGUGCAGUGAAGGUGUGUUAUUUCUCAGUGUGGAUGUGGUCCUCUCAUGGACUGAGUCCUGGUUUUGGAUGCAAAGCUUUCUAAUGUUGUGUUAAUUAAUGUUUUAGAAAUCUUAAUCAAUUGUUCAGGAGCAGAUUUUUACGACUUUUGACAAUUUUUUGACAUUGGUUCAUCUUCGUUAGCAAACAGACACUGUUUGUUGAUAAAGCUGUUAGCCACCA